AUGGGCUCAGAAUGGUAUACGCUCACAGCGCUGCAAGAUAAAGAUGCCCCCGGAAAAGGUCUUGCUGAAGUUCUCGUCGAGAUUGCAAAGGAUUUUGAGAACUAUGAUCUUGACUCGCCUGAAGGCCUUGAAGAGGCUUGCGAAGAUAUACGUUGUCGCCUAGCAGAAGUUGCCGAGACCACUGUCACCGAGAGUAGGGAGAGCCUUAUUUCAUCAGUAGGCACAUCUGAGGGUGAUGAGGUGAGCAUACAUAACGAGGAUGGCGACUCUGUGCCACAAGAGGCAGAUCAGAGGGAGCAGAAAGAUCUUCUAGACACCGUGCAUCGAUAG